AUGACUGUUGCUCGCUUCGAGACAAUUACUCGACACUUGCAUCUGAAAGACAAUUCAAAGAUGCCAGCUAGGGGAACUCCUGGCUUUGAUAAACUGUUCAAAGUUCGACCAUUCCUGGAUUCAAUUCGUGCAAACUUUCUAACCCAAUAUGUGCCACACAAAGAGGUUGCUAUUGAUGAAGCGAUGAUCAAGUUCAAAGGCAGAAGUUCCCUAAAACAGUACAUGCCCAUGAAACCCAUCAAAAGGGGGAUAAAGAUGUGGUGCAGAGCCGAUGGCAUCAAUGGUUAUCUAAAUCAUUUCAAAAUAUACACUGGAAAGAGUGGGGAAGGGGUAACCAAUGAUUUAGGCUUUUCUGUUUUCACAAAGCUGUGCUCUGUGCUAUAUGGAAAGUGGCAUGAAGUCUUUGACAACUUUUUCACCUCAUUAGAACUUUUGCAGACUUUAUUUUGCAAUUAAAUCCUUUCAUGUGGAACUUUGAGAUCGGGUCGACACGGCUUCCCCAAAGAAAUGUAUGAUAAGAAAGCAAACAACAAGCUUGAAAGGGGUACUUGUGUUUUCAGAAGAAAGGGUCCAAUUACAGCUGUCACUUGGAUUGAUAACAAACCUGUCAAUGUAGUUUCCACACUGGAGGUUGCUUCUGGAAGCAACAAAACCAGUGAAGAGGAGAAAAAAAGACGGUGAGUGACAGGAUGUGCAAUGCCCAUUGAUGAUUUCCUCAUAUAACAAAUAUAUGGGAGGUGUUGAUCGAAAUGAUCAAAUGAAAGCAUAUUAUGCCAUCAAGUUUUUAGAUCAAUAUAAAUUUUUAAUUGCUUGAUCACUGCAUUGUAAAUGGCCAUAUAUUGGAAUUGGAGUCGCCAAAUCAUGAACAGCGAACUUUGAAGGAAUUUCGUGUUGACCUCGCAAAGAAACUUAUUGGAGAUUUUACUUCAAGAAAACGACCAGGUCGUCCCUCCAUGGAAUUAAUUGCAAGGCUAACUGAGAGACAUUUUCCAAGUCAUCUCCCCACCAAUGAGAAGGGCAAAGUAAAAGAAAGAAGAUGUCAUGUUUGCUCCACGAAGGAUAAACCGAAGAAGACAUCCUACUGGUGCGUGGAUUGCGGAUGUUGGACUGUGUGCAGCUCCAUGUUUCUGCAUUCACCACACACACCAAUAAAUAAUUGA